AUGACCAAACUCCCGGGGACUUCUACCUGUUCUGACGUCAUCGAUAAGGAAGAAGCCGCGCGAACGGUUCAGCGAAUUUAUCGUGGUCACCGAACGCGACGAGAGCUGCGCGGACUUGGUUUAGCCGCCUCCACACGAUGGAUUGAGGCCUUUCAAGAAGCCCAGUGGCACCACCUUCAUCGUCCUCCCGAGCCUCGCGUGGCACCCAGCAAUGAUGGUUUCAAUCAAGCUCGUCGAAACUGGCAACGAGCGGUUAGUGUCGCUAGGCGUGUCGGCGGCGACGAUCGUGUUUUGGAAGUUUCGCCAUCCAUGGGGACUCAUUCAGACUACAACACAGAGAUCACAGCGGGGGCCCCACCUAAGAUGAUGGAUCUUCAAUACUUUCUCGAAAUGGUUGAUCUGAAACAUCGGCAUGGAAGCAGUCUGCGCUCGUACCACACGUAUUGGCGGAAUUCAUCAUCAAACGAAAACUUCUUCUACUGGUUGGACUAUGGCGAGGGGAAAAACAUUGAGCUUCCCCAAUGUUCGCGCGACAGACUUGAGAAAGAACAAGUCCGCUAUCUCACUCGCGAGGAACGUAUGGAUUACAUGGUGACGGUAGACGAGACUGGGCUCUUCCGCUGGGCCAAAAACAAUGAACUAGUGUGGACAAAUACUGCACGUUUCAAAGAUAGUCUCCAAGGGAUUGUGGGAAUCGAGGAUGAUGUGCCUCAAUUCAGUGGAAACUCCACAAUCCUGCAACCAGAUUCCACCUGGGACUUAGCACCAUCAAGAUCAUGUUCGUCAUAUUCAUCAUCGAUAUCAACAACAUCUGCAAGACACAGCCCUGACGAUGUCCUCUCAAAUCAAGACCCGAAGCAUUUCGCCGAUGAGGAGUACAAAGCUGCGAAGAUGAUGAAAAACGUGGUGCACGCAAGCCCUGCUGCUGCAUUUAAGCGACUUUUGGGCAAGUCCUCAGAGAAAGAAGAUAUGUGGCUAUUUGUUGCAGAUACGUCUUUUCGUUUGUACAUUGGCAUAAAGAAAGGAGGUGCCUUUCAGCAUUCAUCUUUUCUUCGAGGCGCCCGUAUCGCAGCAGCUGGAAUGAUCAAGAUCAAACACGGCCAACUUCGAAGUCUGGCACCACUCAGUGGUCAUUAUCGCCCGCCAGCUGCCAAUUUCAGAGCAUUCCAUCACACCCUACAACAACAAGGUGUUGACAUGUCCCAUGUUUCGAUGAGCAAGUCUUAUAUCAUGCUCGCCGGAAUUGAAGGUUAUACGAAAACAAAACAAAAGGCGCGUGCUGUACAUGAGAAGGUCAACGCAAGCAAAAGUUCUAUCAUCCACAAAAAUGAGUACGGGGGCACAUGA